AUGACUACAGAUGAAAAUCGGGCGGGAGAUGUUCGUCUGUCUUCUUCGGACCUUGAUUCAUCGCGGCACCGCUUGCAAACUUUCAUCCAAGAUGUCGACGCCACAGGCAGACUCAUCAUCGUCGGCGACGUGCACGGCCAUCUCGCUGAGCUGAAAAGUUUGCUGCAAAAAGUCUCGUAUGACAAGAACAAUGGAGACCAUCUCAUCUUUGUCGGUGACUUGGUCAACAAAGGCCUCGACAGCCCGGGCGUUGUGCAGCUGGCAAAAGACCUUGGCGCUAACGCCAUAAGAGGGAACAACGAGGACCGCGUUCUCGCUGCGCACAGCGCUCUCAAGAGGGGAGAUGGCCCAGGUAUCAUAGAGCAAUUGAGAAGACUGGCUUUAGAGGAGGAAAAGAAGACUGGAGAUCAACCAGCUCUCACCGAACCGAAAGCCGAUCUCAAGUCACUUGCAACAGAGGAUCUGAAGCCGUAUAGCGCCGAAAUUGAUUUUGCAACCGCAGCUACUCUUUCCGACGAGCAGGUUUCGUGGUUAGCCUCACAACCACUCAUCCUACGUAUCAAGUUAAAGAGGGGAGCAACCGCGCCGCCAUGGAACUCUGGGACACUUCUCGUCGCGCACGGUGGUCUGGUACCUUUACUUCCUCUGGAAGAACAAGAACCUUGGGCAGUCAUGAACAUGCGAGGCCUUGUGUAUCCAGACCCAGAUGCUAGUGUCACCGAUGAGGUUCGAGCAAGUCUGCUGAAAGGUGCCAAAUGCCGGGCUCGACGAUAUGCCGCGUUUGAAGAUGUUACGGAUGACGAACUCAAAGCUAAACUAGCGAGAAUGGCAGACUUGGUCAAGAACGGUGAAGGCUUUAGCGGUGAGUACAAAGAAGGGAAGAUCGGAUUUCCUUUGGAACAUCGUGAAGGAGAUUGGUGGAUCGAUGCUUGGAAUAGAUGGCAGAACUCGAUAGAGGAUGCUGAGCAGCGCAGUGUUGUCGUCUACGGUCAUGAUGCUAGAGUUGGACUUCAAGUCGGGGCAGAGGAGACUAUAUCGGAGAAGGGUGAUUCACCCAAGGCUGCAAGAUAUACUUACGGUCUUGAUUCCGGGUGUGCGUAUGAUAGAAGCUUAACAGCGAUGGUUAUCAGUGAGAAGGAGGACGGCGAGGGCUGGUCGCAUUCGAUAGUGCAGGUCGAUGUUGUAAAGGAAGACAAAGAGGAGCAGAACGUCUAG